AUGGACUUGGAGUGGUGGAAUUGUCGGAAUUUGGCUCGGAUAGUUCUGAGCAGAGCAUUUCGCGAAGCCAUCUUACACUUAUCUGAAGAUAGUUCAUGCUGUUCCGAAGAUACCACACAGACUACCGACGAAGAUUUGCCGAAUAAGUCGGUGCGCCUAGAUGAGUUUCCCAAAGUUGCCUAUUACAAUCGAUUCAAUCACUUGAUCCCAAAUAAGGAUGAGCCCACAACGAUAUACCAUAUACCUACUUACUUAGCUGAUGUCCCUAAUGACCUGUUGGAUGUGCGCUGGCCAAUUUCCGCCUCAAUGACUCCGUUGAUAGGAAAAAGAGCAAUUAUUGAUUUCAUUGAAAAGAAAUGGAAAUACAAUCCGCGUAUUCAUUACGUAGUGGAUUUCUUGUGUUUAGUAUAUCUCAAUGGCUCGAACAAGUAUAAGUACUGUUCCAGAUGGUCGAAUGGAUAUGCGUCUUCAAGGGUCUACUUUACAUUAGAUGCUUCGCUCACAGAGCCAUCUAAGCCUGUCACAAUGAAGUUCUUUUUGCCAGACGGUAAACGUGCUCACAGACCAUCAACAUCGGAAGAACAUUUCGACAAGUUUAUCAGAUACUUGAACACCCAAAAACACAAUAACUAUAUUAAUAAAAAUUAA